AUGGGAAUUUCUGCACACACAAAAACAUUGAAAAUUUUAGACGCUCUCUACGCCGUUGUAAUUUUAGUCUUAUCAGGCAUCGCCUACACUAGCAUCUGCUUCCCAGAAAACCACAUAAACGGUAUUUUUUACACAGAAGUAAUCGAUAAUUGGAAAAUGCUCAGCAUUUAUGAUAUAGUCACAGUUAAUAGUUCACAGUCUUGUCCGUUUGGAUAUGACGAAAUUAACCGUGUAGCUCAGUGGCCUGGCACAAAUGAAGGGUGCUAUUGUUCUUAUAAUGGAGAUGUUAUAGAUUCGCCAUGCACUUCAAGCCAAACUAAGCAAGGAUGUACAGCAGUAUCAAGCACUGCACCUUUUAAUAUGAGGGUCUGGAGGGGAAGAGUGCUAUGUGUAUGAAGAGGAGGGACUUCAGCGUACUGGGCGCCUGUGGCUGGUAAUGAGAGCUGCCCUUCGUUAACUGACAUAUAUGAUCAUGAAGUUGAAUUUAUAAAAUGCGCCACAGGAGAAUUUCAGCUUUGCCAAGAAUCUAGUUUAGGAUGUCCUAUAAACAAAGUUUUACUACAAAAUUCAAGUGAUCCUCGACCUGAUGGCUACUCAAAUUCUUUAUAUUUUGGUGAUGAUUUAGUUCUCUAUUAUGGAAUAGGGGAUGAAGAUUCUACUGAUUUGCCUAUUAUAGAUAUAGCAAUAACACAAGGAAACCCUUGUUUUGAAAGCGAAAGCGGAGACUCUAAGUCUUAUUACCCACUUCUCAAAGAAACCCCAGAAGAAUGCACCAUUACUGACGAUAGGUUUGUUACAAUUGAUUCUUUAUCUGAAGAAAGCUAUUAUCAAGACAACGACAACCAAGAUAUUUUAAGCUUACCUGAGUUUACCUUAGAAGAAAACUCCUUAUAUUAUUUAUCAUACCGACGGUCCAUUCUCUGAAAAAAGGUCUGCCAAACCCGUUAUUUUACCAGAGAAAAACUGCACAGAUAUGAUGACCCUCUACACGAAGUCUAUGGUCUCCAGCUCGCGUUACUUAUAGUUGAUAGUAUUUUUGCCUUUUAUUUUAUAAUAGUAGGCCCAUUAUUAUACUGGUGAUGUUAUAGGCGGUCUGAAGAAGACUUGACAGAAUUUGACAAGCCUUUGCUUACUCUGACGAUUCUGGAAGUUUUUUGUAAAAUUUUAGUGAUACCGUUUUUGCUAUGUGCUUGUGUAGUUUGUGGGUAUUAUAGAAAUUGGUAUAGAGAUUUAGACUAUAGAGUAUGCAGUGACCCAUUGACUGCAGCUGGGCUGAAAUUUGUGGAUUAUGUGCUUACUGAUCCUUAUAGGCUGAAUUGGGCUCAUUUUGGGGUAACAUUAUUUAUGCUGCUGCUACAAAUCAUAGUGUGGAUUAUGCUGUUUGUGAAAAGGACAAAGGAUAAUUUUGGAUAA